UCCUUCUAUAAGUAUGGCCCACUCGGCACUAUACAAACUCCAUUUUGCUAAAUCCUCAGUUUUCUCUCUUCCAUUCCAGACUCUUCUUUUCAUCUAUUUCACAUACAUUUGUUCAUUCUGGUCUCCGAUCGGACUUUUCCAUCAAUCUUAGCCGGAAUUUUUAACCUCCGGUGGCUGAUCUCAUCCUAUCUUACCAGUAAGAUCUCCAGUUUGACGUAAUUCAUCGUAUUUUAGGACAAUAUGGCGCAGUUUCAGAACCAAGAACUUGAGUAUAUGAUUGACGAUGAAUAUUAUGAUAUGACCGAUUUUGAGCACAACAACAACAACAAUAACAACAAUCGCCUGCAAAAAAGUUGUGCCGAAGAUUCAAUGGACUCAGAUUUCGAGGACGAUUUUGACCAGAACAAGUCAAAAACGGAUACAUCAGCUGAAGAAGCUAGAAACGGGAAAGAUAUACAAGGGAUUCCAUGGGAGAGGCUCAAUUUUACAAGAGACAAGUACAGAGAAACAAGAUUAAAGCAAUACAAAAACUAUGAGAACAUUCCACACUCUCGUGAACAUUUAGAAAAGGUGUGCAAGAAAGUAGACAAAAGUCAGACUCUUUAUGAUUUUCAGUUCAAUACAAGGCUUGUGAAGCCAACAGUCGUUCAUUUUCAGAUUAAAAUAAGUGCAUUGGCAUUGUUAUAUGAUGAGAGUUUUAAAUAAGAUGUGCAAUCCUGAAAUUGUGCAAAAGUUGGUUCUUAAUCCCAACAGCUGACCAUAUCAUUCUUAUGCUAUGUUGUGGACAUGGAAGCAUUGGGGAGUAUCACGUUUAUAUUUCAGCCAUAGAAGCAGGGUGCCAUUUAAAUCAAGCAGCAUGUGGAUAAAGAAGCUCUUCAUAUGCUGAGGAAUCUUUUAUGGGCAACCUCAAAGCACGAUCUCUACCUUAUGCAAAACUACUCAGUCAUGCAUUGGUCUUCACUUCUCAAGAGGGGCAAAGAAGUAAUUAAUGUCGCUAUGCCCGUAUUACCUACUUUGAAAUACCCCGGGUCCUUUUCUCGUUCACUGUCGCGAGUCCAGGUCAGCACAAUGGCUGUCAGGGAUGACUUGAUAGUUGCCGGUGGUUUUCACGGUGAACUAAUCUGCAAGUAUCUCAACAAACCCGGAGUCUCGUUCGCCACAAAAAUCGCAGACGAUGAAAAUGCCAUAACUAACUCAGUCGACAUAUCUUACAGUUCAAGUGGGUCAACGAGGGUCAUGACCGCCAACAAUGAUGCACUUAUACGUGUUUUUGAUGCAAAAAGUUUUACUUGUACGAAUAGCUUUAAGUUUCCAUGGUCCGUUAAUGACACAUCCGUGAGCCCCGAUGGUAAAUUAUUAGCGGUCCUCGGGGACAGCACCGAAUGCUUACUAGCCGAUGCCCAUUCAGGAAAAGAAAUUGGGAAAAUGAAAGGGCAUUUAGACUACUCGUUUGCGUCUGCAUGGCAUCCAAAUGGACAAGUUGUGGCAACGGGUAACCAAGACACGACUUGUAGGCUAUGGGAUGUGAGGAAUUUGUGUAAGUCUUUGAUGGUGUUUAAGGGAAGAAUGGGUGCAAUUAGGGGGAUUAGGUUUAGUGGAGAUGGUAGGUUCAUGGCUAUGGCUGAACCCGCGGACUUUGUUCAUGUAUUUGAUACCGAAAGUGGGUACGGGUCGGGUCAAGAGAUUGAUGUGUUUGGUGAAAUUGGUGGGAUUUCAUUUAGCCCAGAUAGUGAGGCUUUGUUUGUUGGGAUAUCGGAUCGGACUUAUGGGAGUGUUUUGGAGUUUAAUCGGAGGCAUAGGAAUCAGUAUUUGGAGUCAAUGUUUUAGUCAAAAAAAAAACGUGGUUAUGUGUUGUGUGGUGCCUUGAACAAGCGCUCGAUAUAUAUUUGUUUGCUGAAGCGGGUUGAGGCCAUGUGUUUGUAAGCUCUGGUGUGAUUGGUAGUUUUUGCUUGGUUGCGGUGUACAUAAUUGGAGUCUUUAUAUGUUUGUGAAUUUUGGACCAUGGAAAACUUAAA